CUUAUUAAUCACGUAACUUAGUCCCCCAAUUCAAACCCAACUCUUUUUAUAUGUUCAUCCUCACUCUCCCUCUCUCCAUCUUCUUUCUUCUCCAGUUCUCUCCCCAGGUUACAGAGCCAAAAUGAAAAAAACCCCAGCUGCCGGCCGCCGGCUCCGGCACAGCGCUCCGCCGUCGUUUGGCGCGUGCAUUGACGUCAUUACCCAGUUCUUCCCUUUGAUCUUCCUUCUCUCGCUGGUGUACGCCUACUUCAUCUUCAUGAACCAGUUCAUGUCCGCGUUCUUCCUCUACGUCUUCCACGUGGCCGCAUGCUUUCUGGUCAUCUGCAUCUCCGCUGCCCGGAGGUUACUUUCCGGUCGACCCGUGUUCUUCAACUUCUCCACAGUGAGGAAGGAAUGGCGCGUCGGAGCACCCGUAAGAUACAAAUAGAAAUCUCGCAAUUUUUUUUUUUAUAAUGG